AUGGAGAUGAUGCUCAAGGGCUAUGACAACUGGCGUCAAGUGUCCAACAGCAUCCCUGGACGAACUGCCAAACAGUGCCGCGAGCGUUGGCGAAACCGCUUGGACCCGAGUAUCAACAAAUCACCAUUUACCGAGGAAGAGGAUGAAGCCAUCCAGCAAGCCUACGAGAAAUAUGGCAACCGCUGGACCCAGAUCGCUGAACUCCUGCCUGGACGCACGGAAGACGCUGUGAAGCUCCGAUGGAAGGCGUUGAACCCGAACCAGAAGACUUACACAAAGCUCGGCCGUCCGCGUCUUUUGAACACUGACGACGCGCCGCCAGUUUCCACCUCUCCAGUCCGACCUACAAUGCCCUACACUGCCCCUGCACAACCUGUGAAGAUGGACAUGCCGCAUCAACCAGUGCCAGUGAACAACAACGCUAUGAACUCUACAACUCAAGUAAAUUUGGAGCCAAUUUUGACCCCUCUCGAGGACGAGACGGACGAAAAAAUGAGCGAAGAAGACGUCAUGAUCCUGAACGAGUUUUUACGUGGCCACUCGAACAAUUCGCUUGGAAACGGCAGCUUCAAGAGCCUGCUGUCCGCUACAAGUCUGCGCGACCUGGGAGAUGAUAUUGACGCAGCCAUUUUGAGGAUGGAGUCGCAGUCUGGGGCACACGCGUUGACUGAAGACUCUACAGCAGCCAAGCCUCUGCCAUUGGGACGUCCUCCUCAUCGAGUGCUGAAUAAAAUGCUGAGUCUGGGAGACACGAAGAGCGCGAGUCUACGCUCGAUUACGGCCGAUGUCGAGCCUGAUGACUCAUGGAUUAACGGAGGGUUAACCCGGCGUCUUAGCAGUUUGUCCGUCAACGGAGAGGGUAUUUUCGAGCAGGAGCUUGUCGGCGGCAACCAGAAAUUGAACUCCAUGGACUCGUUUGAGCAGCAACUGGCGUCGCUGAAUGACGCGGGCUCUUUGAUGAGUCUGCCUCUGGAUUUGGGCGACGAAAGCAAGACAGAUAGCGCCGUGGCAGUGGCGUCUGCUGCGUACGAUGCCGUGAAUGGAACAGGCCCAGUAGGUGCUAGCUCUUCUGCUGCUACAUCACAUGACUCACUGCAGCGCUUGAUUUUGGAGGACGAGAUCCCGGUUCACGGUCUAUCGAACCAGACAGCGACUACUGAAAAGAAAACAAUAACGGCACAAGACUUUUACAGUAGUGCAAUCCCGCACGAUCAGCUAUCGACAGCACAUCGCUUUGAGAUCUAGAGGGACCUACGGUGUAGUGUGUGCGCGAGCGGGAGUGGGUCGCACCUAUCUAUUCGAACAAGAACUUGCAGACCGCUUGGUUAACUCGUGUUCCUGCUGCAUAAAAAAAGAGAAGAGAAACUAGUGCGUAGCUGUAUUCGUUACGUCCUACAGGAUUAAAUGGUCUGUACGAGUAAUGCUUACCUACAUGCAUCGUCUCGCU